CACCAGCAACAAUCUAUGAGGUUUUGGUAGGGCUGAUUUUAUAUAUAUAUGUGAUGGUAAUAGUGGUGGUGGGAGUUGGUUGGAGAAAGACAGCGAACUCAGAUUUAGAUAGGGAGAUAGAGGUGUUUAUUUUUGUUUAAAUAUAUUAUUAAGGGUUAAUGGAUUUAAACACCCCCAACUAUGGCCAUUUGGCCGAUGGCACUCUCAACUUUCACUUUGUCUCAGAGCACUCCCAACUUAACACAUUGAUUGUCAUGGCACCCCGUCGUUAAAUAUUCCCUAACCAGGUUAGUAUAAUGAGCCUAUGUGGCAAUUUAAUCUGAUGUGGCAUUUCAUACGUGGCAUACAUGCUCAUUCACCUUCUUUAAAACCCCCAAUCCCUAACAAACUCAUUAUCUGUAAACCCUAAUCCUAAAUCAUAACAAAAUCAGACGCACCUUGGAGCAAAUCCAUCAUCAACAUACGAUCAGGUCGAUUUCCGUGAAGAACAAGCCCUAAUCUUGAAUCAAAAUGAGCUCCUCUUCUACGUCUUCAUCCAUAGUAUCCAGAAACCCUAAAUUGUUUAAGGUUGAUUUGGAGGGUAAUGUGUACUGCCAUCAUGAUGUUGUAGCAGUUGUUCGAGUUGUUGGACGGAAAAGUGUGCGGCAAGGUCAACAAUUUUAUGGAUGCUCUCAUUGGCCGAGAUCAGACUGCAAGUUCUUCUUAUGGAAAGAAGAUGUCGACAAAAUUUUCAACCAACAUGCAUCCCAGGGCAGGUUCAGUGCUGAAGACCUGAAAUAUGAAAACAAGCUCUUAGUAGAAGAGAAUAGGUGGUUGAAAGCAAUGAUAUCUGGAACAGAGUCGAAAUGGAACAAGCAACAUGUGUUAACCUUGUUUAUUGCCAUUAGCAUAGUGUUGUAUAUGUUUAGGUAG